AUGUCGACGUGCGAGGCCCACAAGCUGACCCCGACCCCGCGUCGGAAGCGCGGCCUGAGCGUCGCCGGCACGGCGAGCCGCCACGUCUUCCUCGACCCGAGCCUCGUCGAGCUCGUGCUCGAGGCCUGCGUCUCCCUGAACGACGUCAAGCUCCUGUCCGGCGUGUCGCGCGCGACGCGGCGCGCGCGCUGGCCCUUCGAGACGCUGAGCGGCCACGUGGGCAUCCGCGCCAUGAUCGCGCGCUCCGGCGACGACACGUCCUUCGAGAACUGGGCGCGGACGGCCGAGGCGCCCAAGCUCAGCGACGCGAACAUCGCGGCGAUGGUCGAGCAGCUCAGCAGCUACCGGGCCAUGGCGGCCUCCGGCGGCUUGCUGCGCCAGCUCUGCCCCGGGUGCACGCAGACGCUGCGGGAGGGCCUCGGCGCGUCCUGCGCGCGCGCGGCCUUCUCGCUCGGCUACUCGUGCGUCCGCUCCGAGUCCGGCUGGUCGAACGCGCACGCGAUCAUCGGCGCCUGCGGCCACGCGAGCCUGUUCGCCGUGGCCUUCGGGGAGUCCGACGAUUUAGACGCGUCGCGGAGCGCGGGCUGGGGCCCGAAGGAGGCGUGCGCGUGGGCGCUCGUGCAGCUGUUAUCGGUGGCCAAGAAGCGCAUGUCGUGCAAGGCUUUGGUGGCCCAGCUCCGCCAGCUCGGCGUCGCCCGGGCCUGCGCCGACGCCGUGCUGGCGCCCUUGCCGAUGCUCGAGGCGGGCCAGUCGAAGCGCCGCGCGUCGUCCGUCGGCCGCGCGGCGCGCGCGGGCGACCACCUCCGCGCCGGCAGCCGCGACUACGCGACGUCCGACGCGUCGCGGGAGCUCGGCGCCCAGCUCCUCUACCUCACGUCCACGGGCGACCCGGACUACGUGGAUCAGGUGUCGGCCUGCCCGCUGGAGCGGCUCGUGUCGUUCGCGUGCGACUUUGGGCACAAAUCGACGGACGGGCGGCCCGACGCCCGGCGCCGCGCGCGCCACGCGGCCCAGUUCGCCGUGACCCACGGGCUGCACCUGCCCCAGGACGACGACCGCUCCGCGAGCCGCAAGCUCAGCUUCGCGCGCCACGUCGUCGACGCCGCGCGCGAGGCCGUCGCCGACGCGGCGGCGGCGAAGCGGUGCACGGCCGAGGCGCGCGACCGCGUCGCGGCGUUGGCGCUCGUCGCCGACUCCUGCCCCGACGAGCUCGUCAACGUCGGCGCGCCCCGGGUCUGCGCCGACGUCCUGCGGAACGCCGACGUGCUGCUGCCCGCGGCGACGUACGGCGACGCCGCGUCGGACAAGGCCUUGCAGGCCGUCGCGGACGCGUCGGCGUGCCUCGAGCAGGUGUCGCUCUACCUCGCGGAGUGCGACGCCGCGGCGGCGGAGGACGACGACGAGGAGCUGCUGAACCACAUGCUCGACGGCGAGCACGGGCUCACGCCCCAGCAGCAGCAGCAGCUCCAGCAGCAAAGGGCGAACCGGACGUCCCGCCAGGCGGCCGCGCUCGUCGACUGCCCCGCGGCGCUCGCGCGCCGCGCCGUCGAGCAUUUGGGUGGCCUGGGCCCGCCGCCGCGGACGCACCCGGGGCCCUGGCUCCACGCCGUCGACAGCCUCGCGGCGUUCGUCGCGUCGCGGGCCGGCGCGCCGCGCGACGCGGAGGCGCUCCUCGGCGACCGCGCGAACCUGGCCUUCGUGGACGUGCUCCUGAAGGUCGAGCGCCGCGCCCAGGCGCACCGGCCCUUGGACGACGACCGCUUCUUCUACGGCGCGGACCGCGUCGACCAGGGCAGCAAAAGAGAGCGAAAUUCCCAACUUCAAAGGCUCAUAUCUCGGCCGUUUUCCGCUCGCGUCGACACGACGGUCUUCGGCGUCCUCUCGGCGCUCGCGAAGCUGCCCCGGGGCCGCGAGGAGCUCGUGAACCUGGGCGGCCACGACCUGCUCCCGGCCCUCGACGCCGCGCCCGACGCCGACGACCUCGACGACGACGACCUCCUCGACGACUUCCCCAUCGGCCCGGGCGGCGACGCGGGCGACGACGACGACGACGACGACGACGACCUCGACUCCGACGGCGACGACGACGACGACGACGACAACAUCUACCUCGUCCUCGACGGCGACGGCGAGGACGACGACGACGACCACGAGCAGGCCCUCCUCCAGAUGGUCGCCGCCGCCGCGGAGAACGGCGAGGAGGGCAUCCCCGACGCGGUCAUGCAGAUGGUCGCCGCGGCCGUCGGCGACGACGACGACGACGAGGAGCUCGACGACGACGACGACGAGGACUAG